UACAAUCUUGCAGAAAGCCAUAGAACACCAGCGCACUGAGCACAUUGGGCUCUGCUACAGACAAGCACAGCAGCUCCUGGUACUUGGCAGUGUUGAGCUGCAUUUCCAGCAGCAGCAGCAGCAGCGUCGGCGAGCAGAUGAUGAUGAUGAUGAUGAAGGUUGCCGUGCUCUGUGUGUAUGCAGCAGUAGGCUGCAGUGGGGCUCUGGCAGCGGCUGCAGCAGCGACGGGCAGGUCAGACAGAGGCAAUUUUCUGGAUGAUAAACAAUGGCUCACCACUAUAUCCCAGUAUGACAAGGACGCCGGGCACUGGAACCGAUUCCGGGAUGAUGAUUACUUCCGUACUUGGAGUCCUGGCAGACCAUUUGAUCAAGCUUUGGAUCCAGCAAAAGACCCUUGUUUAAAAAUUAAGUGUAAUCGGCAUAAAGUAUGCAUCGCUCAGGAUCAGGAGACAGCGAUAUGUGUCAGUCAGAGAAGACUUACGCAUAGCAUGAAAGAAGCUGGAUUAACCUAUAAGUACUGGAGAGGCGUUCCCCUUUCUUCAAGUUGCAAACAGUGUCCAGCAGCUUAUACAAAUCCUGUGUGUGGAUCUGAUGGCCAUUCAUAUUUAUCUAAGUGUAAAUUAGAAUACCAAGCUUGCAUCUUGGGUAAACAAAUAUCUGUGAAGUGUGAUGGCUAUUGUCCCUGUUCUUCAAGCAAAUCAAGACCUGUAAAUAAGAAUAAUAAAAGAGUGUGCACCGAUCAGGAGUUCAGAGAAAUUGCCAAUAGGCUAAGGGACUGGUUUAAAGCACUUCAUGAAAGUGGAUUCCAGAAAAAGAAAACAAAGUCUACUUCAAGACCAGAGAGAAGCAGGUUUGAUACUAGCAUUCUGCCAAUUUGCAGGGACUCUCUUGGGUGGAUGUUUAAUAGACUUGAUCGAAAUUAUGACCUGCUGCUGGAUCAGUCUGAGCUUGGAAGCAUUUAUAUUGACAAGAAUGAGCAGUGUACAAAGGCUUUCUUCAAUACAUGUGACACAUACAAGGACAGUUUAAUAUCUAACAAUGAGUGGUGCUACUGCUUCCAGCGACAGCAAGAUCCCCCAUGUCAGACUGAAUUUAACAACAUUCAGAAGCAGCAUGGAGUAAAGAAACUUCUUGGCUACUAUAUCCCAGCAUGUGAUGAAGAUGGCUAUUACAAACCAGCUCAAUGUCAUGGAAGUGUUGGCCAGUGUUGGUGUGUUGAUAGAUACGGGAAUGAAGUCACAGGAUCCAGAAAAGUGGGAUCUGCAGAGUGUGCAGGCGCUGAUUCAGAAACAUCAGGAGAUUUUGGAAGUGGGGACUUUCACGACUGGUCUGAUGAUGAGGAUGAUGAAGAAAUGAUGAAUGAUGAAGAUGAAAUUGAUGACGAUGAUGAGGAUGAAGGGGGAGAUGAUGAGGAUGAAGAUGAAGAUGAGGAUGGAUAUAUUUGACAUAACAAACCAAUCCAUUUUAUUUUUCAUGUCUAUGAGAAAAGACAUCUCUUAGGAAAUACCUUUUGCUCAUGCCACCACCAAGAUAAAAGGAUAAAAGGAUUUAACAAGAAACAGAAAUAAAAAAAUAAAAAAACAUGUAUAUUUUGUAUGAUGAUACCAAGUAAGGGUGGAGUUAUAGACUUUUGUUUCAUUUAUGUGCAUUUAAGCAUUUAUAUGCAUUUAACAAGAAGACAACACUUUCAAAGUAUAACCUGAAGAAAGGCAACUCAUACCCGUACAACAAUUUAGGAAUACAUAGAUUAAGCAUGAAGGAUACUGGUUAUGACUUGGACUUUUCUAGAUGGAAACUAAAACAUACCUACUGAAACCCGAAGUAGGAAAUGUGAAAAGUAGAGAAAGGGAAAAGUUUCCAUAUUUUUGUUUGCAUCUUUCCUCAGAUUGUGCAGAAAUGUGUUUACUUUAUUAGCUUUUAGUAAUGUUAUUAUUUUACUCUUUCCUUCUUUUAUUUUUAGAAGCAUUGUAUGGAUUUUGUUAGUUGACCAGCAUGAUAAUACAUAUGAUAUAGGUAACACAGAUAUUCCAAGAGGGAUAACUGAACCGCAUAUCAACAUUGCUCUUCCAAAGGCGACAUAGGUAGAACUAUGAUUUUGGAUGGUUUUAGGGAUGGAAUUAGGAUAGAAAGAAUAAUUAUUAAAAAGUAAAUAACAAAAUAUGUUCACUCUGUCAUUUCCCAUUAUCAUUAUUACAGCAUUCCCCAAUAUGUGUAUGUUUUUCUUCUGUUGUGAAGAAAUACAUAUAUGAAUACUUUUCCUACAACCCAGACAGUUAAAACAUAUUCUUUAAGUAUAUUGCCUUUCAACAUUAAAGUUUACAACAUUGUGUCAAGACCAGUUUUAUGGUGUUAGGUCAGGCUGCAGUAACCUCUGGCUAUCCUAUUCUUUUUAUCCCUAUACACACUGUAGUGUUCUAUAAAGCCCAUUGGCAAUCCCACAACUAAUGCAAGUUAAAGAUGACUUAUUGAAUUAGCCACCUUCACUAUGUAGUCAGAUACAAUGUAUUUUUUUAUAUGAUCAUAUAUGACGUAUUCUUUGCAUAAAAAAAAAUCGGAUGCAAAUAGAAAUAAAUAUAUAUCCAACACAGUUGCUAAAGGCAGUUGAGGGGGUCUGUCUACAAAGCUCAGGAACAGUGUGCCUUGCAACACAUUCCAAAAAAUAUAUAUUUUUCAAUAAGAACAUUCAUGACAUUAAUUCAUAUCUAAGGCCAAAAGUGUUUUAGCCGGGAAAAAAGGUUGUGUAAUGCAGAAAUACAUACUGAAUAGUUAACUACAGUACAUUCUUCAAUGACUCCAAAUGUUUUACUUGAUUUCUUUUACAUCCAACAAAAAUUAAGACAACAUAGUUUAACUUUUUGUAACACUAUUUCAUCUUACAAAAAUAGAUUUAUGUGUGACUGAAGUUAAGGCAUAAUUCUGUCCACAUAAUCAAUUACUUAUAUCUAUAUUCUAAAACUAUGUAAGAAUUUAGGUCUCAUGCACACAGUAAAGUUUUGUGCAAGGAUAGGAGGAGAUUUAUCAAAACCUGUCCAGAGGAAAAGUUGCCCAUAGCAACCAAUGAGCUCGCUCCUUUCAUUUUUAACAAGGCCUCUGCAAAAAGAAAGAAACAAUCGGAUUGGUUGCUAUAGGCAACUGGGCAACUUUUCCUUUGCACAGGUUUUGAUAAAUCUCCCCCUAUAGUGAAGCCUUCUAGGCAAGCAUAUCUCUACUAUACGUCAUCUGAUAAACAUAGCAGAUUUGUUUGUCUCGAAUUCCCAUGGUUUUUUUUGUCUGAAUUAGUUUUAGCCUCAAUAAGGCUACUUUAAAAGGGUUUAAAAUGUUAGCUCUUUUUGUUUUGCCAUUUGGUCCAUGAACCAUUUUUAUUAUCAUUGUUUAAUUUAUUUUAUUAUCUUUUUUGCUGCAGUAAAAUGCAAUUUACAAACCAGCUGUUUUCUGAUGAAAACAAGAUAAAAAACAUUGUAGAAUUUAUUUUUAUUUUUUUAUUAUUCAUGAAAAAUUACUGCUAUGUAAUUCUACUAAAUGAUUGUUUUUCCAUUGAGCUCAGUGGAACUCAAUAUUUUUUAAAUAUGGUCAUGUUUGAUCUGCUUUGUUGAGUUAUAAAGCGUCUGUUUAUGGGCUUUUUUUAAUGGCUCCAAAAAAGGACCAAAACAUAGCAUAGAGGGUUAAAUGUCUGUAUGCUUCCCUAUUAAAUUGGAACCAUUAUAUGGCUGUGGACAUGAUCCCGGAAACUUGCCAAAUGUGUCAUUGAGCUGACUUGAAGAAUAGAAAAACUGUAUUUGGCUAAGAUUUCAUCAAUUCUAUAGUUUACAAUGUGAAUCAAAGCAUUAUAUAGGGUGCCUUGCACAAGGAAUAUAAAGAGACUAUUGUUAGGCAUGAGCUAAACAAACACUUUACCUAUUCACCGUAGAGCUGCCGGGAAGCAGGUGUGUGCCCCUUCUUAUUGUUAUGUUGCUACCAUGUGAAAUGGAUAAUGCUUAUGAUUACUGUGUAUGUUUGCAUUUAAUCCUUAAGAGUAUAAAGCUUACUUUAAUCACUAUAUUUAUGUUGGCAUGUUGUUUUAUUGUGAAGAAUUUUAAUAAAACUCCACUACCUUCUUGUAUACAGUAAAUAAAUCCACAAUAACCUGGGAACAACUCUGUGUUUCAGCACAGUUGGGCUGUUACUUUCCAAGUCGAUCCCCUGGAAAUGUUUAUUUUCACUUUUGCAUUAUUGCAAGAAAAAAAGUUAAUUUGAAAUAAAAGUAUUCCUGACUAAAUUUAAUGGUAAUCUUAUGUAUAAUUGAGACAAUGCAUUUUCUUUUAUACAGUUUAUGUAUAGUUUGCAAAAUAAAGACUCUUGUAACCAA